AUGAGUUCUUCGUAUUAUGUGAACGCGCUUUUUAGCAAAUAUACUGCGGGGGCUUCUCUAUUCCAAAAUGCCGAGCCGACUUCUUGCUCCUUUGCGCCCAGCUCGCAGAGAAGCGGCUACGGGGCGGGCGCUGGCGCCUUCCCUUCGACCGUACCGGGCUUGUACAAUGUCAACAGCCCCCUCUAUCAGAGCCCCUUCGCGUCCGGCUACGGCCUGGGUGCUGACGCCUACGGCAACCUGCCCUGCGCCUCCUACGACCAAAACAUCCCGGGGCUCUGCAGUGACCUUGCCAAAGGCGCCUGCGACAAGGCAGACGAAGGCGCGCUGCACGGCUCGGCCGAGACCAAUUUCCGUAUCUAUCCUUGGAUGCGGUCUUCAGGGCCGGACCGAAAGCGGGGCCGCCAGACCUACACGCGCUACCAGACGCUGGAGCUGGAGAAGGAGUUCCACUUCAACCGCUACCUGACGCGGCGCCGCCGCAUCGAGAUCGCCCACGCGCUCUGCCUCACCGAGCGCCAGAUCAAGAUCUGGUUCCAGAACCGCCGCAUGAAGUGGAAGAAGGAGCAUAAGGAUGAGGCUCCGGCCGCUUCCGCCGCCCCCGAGGGUGCCGUGCCCGCCGCCGCUGCAGCCGCCACCGCCGACAAGGCCGACGAGGAGGACGACGAAGAGGAUGACGACGAGGAGGAGGAGGAGGAGGAGGAGGAAUGA